AUGCCUAACCCCAAAGGCGUCACCGAGAAGCUUUUCCAGUCGCCCUCCAAGUACAUCCAGGGGCCCUCUGCCAUCCAGAACGCCGGAAAGUACCUCGCGUCCUUCGGGAAAGCGCCACUCUUGGUCUCCGAUGAGCUCGUCUUCGGGAUCGCCGGAAAGGAGCUCACGGACGCGCUCACCAACGCGGGCUUCAAAGUAACGCGCGGCAUCUUUGGCGGCGAAGCCUCCAAAGUCGAGAUCGGCCGCCUCGGGACGCUCGCCAAGGAGAACUCGGUCGACUUCAUCGUCGCCCUCGGCGGCGGCAAGACCAUCGACAGCGCCAAGGCGAUCGCGGACGACCUCGGGCUCCAGGUCGCCGUGCUGCCCAGCACCGCGUCGACGGACGCGCCGUGCUCCGCGCUCUCCGUCAUCUACCGCCCGAACGGCGAGUUUGAGAACUACCGCUUCUACUCGAACAACCCCUCCGUCGUGCUCGUCGACACGAGCGUCGUGGUCAAGGCGCCCGCGCGCUUCCUCGCGUCGGGGAUCGGCGACGCGCUCGCGACGAACCUCGAGGCCAAGUCGGCGCGGAACAGCCCGAAUUUUGGGGGGGGACUCCCGACGGAGGUGUCGGCUGCGAUUGGCGCCAAGUGCGAGGAGCUGCUGUUCAAGUAUGGACGGCAGGCGGUGGAGGCGAAUAAGGCCAAGGCGGUGACGCCGGCGUUUGAGGCGGUUGUGGAGGCGAAUACGUUGUUGUCCGGGCUUGGGUUCGAGUCGGGGGGACUUGCUGCUGCGCAUGCUAUACAUAAUGGAUUGACGGCCAUCGACAACCAUAAGCUGCACACGAUGAUGCACGGCGAGAAAGGCAAGUCACUCGCCUUCGGCACGGUCUGCCAGCUGAUCCUCGACGGUGCCCCAGCAUCCGAACUGGACCGGUACCUCUCGCUGAUGACGGACGUCGGGCUGCCGACGACGCUCGCGGACCUGGGGAUCGGGCAGGCGACGGACGAGGAGCUGCGGCGCGUGGCGGCGCUUGCGUGUGCGCCGAACGAGACGAUUUGGAAUAUGGAGAGGGUGGUUACGGAGGAGAUCGUGUUUCAUGCGAUCAAGGGCGCGGAUGCGGCGGGGAGGGAUUAUAAGGUUAGGAGGGGGAUCGCGUGA